AUGAAGUGUUCAUACCUUCUCACUGGAGGAGUUGUUCUUAUUGUAGGACUUUCAGGCCUCAUGUGGUGGCUUGUGACCUCUGCGCUCCAGACAUCUGCGCUCCAGACCUCUGCGCUCCAGACCUCUGCUCUCCAGAGCUCUGAACCAUUUCCACUCAACAUGGCUCCUGAUGCUGUUGAUGACAUGUAUGAUGGCUGCAGAGAGAAAAUGGAGACGGUCAUCGACACAUACUUCAAAGACGAGUUAGUGGGAAAUUUUUCAGUUGCCUGGAAACGUGCAGAAAGCUGUUCAAAGAAACGUCACCCAGAGGAUGAGGAUCUCACCAAAAACCACAUGCAGGCAAUCUGUGCUUAUACAUCUAACAACAUUUAUGAAGAAUUCAAUAAUGCAGUCCGCACCGGUAAGAAAACCUACACCAGCUCCUUCAAAUUCCACUCUUUACAUUUCUGGCUGACUCGUGCCAUACAAAUCCUGAAUAAAAAACAAGAGUGUCGAACCUCUUAUAGAAGAACUAAAGUUGGGUUCAAUGGCAAACUUCACAGCAUCAUUAGGUUUGGUACGUUUGCCUCCAGCUCUAAACUUCCAGAUCUUACACGUUUUGGUAGCAAGACCUGCUUUAAAAUUAAGAGCUGCUUAGGAGCCUACCUGAAGGAUUAUUCAAGCUUAAACAGAAAGGAGGAAGAGGUGCUUAUCCCGCCCUAUGAAAUAUUCCAGAUAACCAAUAUUAAAGGUAAGGGUAAACGUUCACCCAUGCCUGACUGUGAGAAGGUCUUCAUUUUGGAAAGUAAAGGAAUAGCCAGUUACCUCAACUGCAAAGCUGCAAAAAAAUGA